AACCCCACCCACCAAUCGAUUCUUUCUCCUAUACUCAACCCUCUCUCUCUCUCUCUCUCGUUCUUGCUCGUUCUUGAUCUUGCACAAACACACACACAAUACACACAUCUGAAGAAAACGUCAACAUGGCAGAAGUACUGAACGAAGAACAGAUUGUUGAGUUCCGGGAGGCCUUCAGUCUAUUUGACAAAGAUGGAGAUGGUUGCAUUACCAUAGAAGAAUUGGCUACAGUUAUCAGGUCUUUGGAUCAAAAUCCCACCGAGGAAGAGCUCCAGGACAUGAUCAAUGAAGUCGACGCCGACGGCAACGGCACCAUUGAAUUUGCAGAGUUCUUGAACCUCAUGGCCAAGAAAAUGAAGGAAACUGACGCAGAGGAGGAGCUGAAAGAAGCUUUCAAAGUGUUUGACAAGGAUCAAAAUGGUUACAUCUCAGCUAAUGAGCUUCGACACGUGAUGAUCAAUCUUGGAGAGAAGUUAACAGAUGAAGAGGUGGAGCAGAUGAUCAGAGAGGCUGAUCUGGAUGGAGAUGGACAAGUUAACUAUGAUGAAUUUGUGAAGAUGAUGAUGGCCAUUGGAUAGAAUAUUUAAGAAGAUAAUUAUCAUUAUCGCCACUUAAAUAUUUGUUAAUUUCUGUUGCUCCAGUUAUCUAAAUAUUCGUUAAUAGCUGUCUCCAAAGAUUAACCAAGGAAAACAAAAAAAAGUCAGGUUGAUCGUAUCGAUAUCGCUGUACCAAUAGAUUAUUAAUUUAUGAUUUGUAUUCUUUAAUUUUUAGAUUAAAUGGAAGUUUGAUAUUUGUGUA